CCAUAACCAUAAAAAGAGUCCCCUCCAUCUUCUCUACAAAACCCAUUUAAAAAUAUCAGGAACGGACAACCUUCGCCGGUGACCACCGCGCCGGGAAAGAGCUUACGUGUUUUCAUCCCGAUCUGGGUCAGUCUUCAUCAAGAUGAAUCUUUUCCGGUUUUGACCGGUUCUUGUAUUUAGCAUUUUUUGACACUGAUCGGACCGGAUGUAGAUCCGGUUCAACCGGUUCUGUCCGGUUUUAAUAACCUUGAACCCAACUUAGGUUUUGCUUAUAAAUAAAUAAAUAAAUGAUGCAACUUACAAUCGCCCCUUCAAUUUAUUUAAACCACUGCCAAUCCCAAUCUUUGUUCUACCAGCUGUUUUGCAAUUCUCCAUCGCGACCUAAGUGUGGCUAUGAAUAGAAAUAAGGAUUCAAUUACCCCCGCAAGUGAUACUAUGCAAAGAUGCAAUAAAGCAAAAGGAGAGGGAAAAGUUGCAUGGCCUACUAUCCGAAGCUGCAAUAAAGUAAAAGGGAAUGGAAAAUUUGAUGAUGCAAGUCAUGAACUUUGCCCUUACUUUGAUAAUCUUCCAUCUCAAUUAACUACCCACAUUCUCCUAAAGCUUCCCAUUAAGUCUCUUCUCAUAUGUAGAUGUGUGUGCAAAAUUUGGAAUACACUUAUAUCAGAACCACAUUUUGCUAAAUUGCAAUUUGAGCGAGCACCAGUUAGUUUCGUGAUUCGAAAUUUAGACAAUAUAGGAGUGUCAAGAAACCUAUACCUUCUUGAGUGUGAAGCUGAAAAGUUUGAGAUUGGAAGCAAAAAUCAUGUGAAGCUUGACCCUAUAUUCGAGCUUCCUCUUUGUAAAGACAUAUCAUCUAGGGACAAAAAUGACGCCAAAUUUUAUAAGGUGAUAAAAAAAAAAAAAUCCAAGAUACGUUAUUUUACUCUCACCUCAAGUAGGGACAAGUUUGGCAUUGUGAAUUCUUGCAAUGGCUUGCUUUGUUUAUCUGAAACAUCUAUCGGAAGCCCUUUAGUGAUUUGCAACCCAGUAACGAGGGAAUUCACAAUACUUCCUGAACUUACUACGACUUCUGACUGGUUUAACCGUGCUCGGGCUCGGGUACAAGCUGGUUUUGGUUUCCAACCCAAAACUAAUGAAUAUAAGGUGAUCAUAAUGUGGAACAAAUAUGUUAGACGAAACAAUCGUUUGGUGUUUGAGCGUGUAGUGCUCGAGAUACACACGCUUGGAACACCAUCAUGGAGAAAGGUUGAAGUGGAUCCUCAAAUUUCUUUUUUGAAGCUUUUGAAUCCAACAUGUGUGAAUGGCGCACUUCAUUGGAUUAUAUUUGAAACGGGGCAACAAAAGUCAAUAUUGUGUUUCAAUUUUGAAAGUGAGAGGUUGCAGUCGUUUCCUUCUCCUCCACAUGUGUUUGGAAAUCAUGAUAAUGGAUUUCCCCUUAGCAUGCCUAUUAGAUUGGGAGAAUUGAAGGGAUUUCUUUACAUUUGUCAUAUAUCGUCUCUUGAGAAUGUUACAAUGUGGGUUAUGAAUGAAUAUGGCAUUGGAGAAUCAUGGACUAUUGUUUACAGCAUUGAUACUUCGCUCUUGCUCAUGCCGGGCACUUGUUUGGGCUAUCCUGAUCCGUGGCGUUGUGGUUGUUAUUGGCUGUCUAAACACCACGAACCUGAGAAACAUGAGUUCAAAGUUUUUCGAAUUCAAGGGACAACUUUAGGAGAAGUUGAAGUAAUUGAAUAUAUUCCAAGUCUAAUAUCAUUGAACGAUGUCGUGAAAGGAGACAAUGUUGAAGCGUUGAACACCCACUCAUGGUGGGAAAACGAUAUUACAUGUGGAGAAAAUGAAGUUCUUUCCAUAUCUCAACAUAUUGUUUGAGAGUUGGAAAGUACACGUUCUUCACCUGCACUUCUGGUGAAGAAUUUGGUGAAGAGCCUGCUUCCUAAUAAGAGAAAAUUUGGAAAUACAGAAGGCUGGGUAUGUUAUUAAAACGAAGUCAAUCAAUAUGCUGAAGAGAAUUUUUUGAGCUGGAGGAAACAUCCGCAAAGUUUCGGAGCCGUGGAGCUGCAUCAAAGAAUUUUUUUUGUAUGCUUUUGUUAAGUAAUUUUAAACCAAAUAAGGACUGAAUUCUUUGAUGGAUUGGUUACAUGAUGUUGUAUGCUUUUAAAGUUUGUUUUGAACUGCGAUGUAUUGCUGGUUCCUAAUAUGUUUUGUUUGAGUUAAUGUUGAACUCAGUAUACUUCUGUUUUGAACUGUGAUGAAUUGCUGGUUUCU